AUGAUUAACGAAUAUACUAUCAUGGUCAAGAACGACACGAGCGACUUUAAGGAAUAUUACAUCUUCAGCGAGCUGCCCGAGGUCACACCCCCUGUGAAUGGCAAUCUCUGGUCCAACAUUCUUGUCGGCUGCAAUGUCCAGCCUGACAAAUCCGCAACCUUCACUAUCGAAACACAGUUUCAUGCGGUAGUUGGAUGCUCGGCCGAGACGCCUGCUCACGGCGUCGUGGUCAAUGCCAAUAACUACAGGAAUGUGACUCUUGGCUCGCUGAAUCCAACUGGUGGCACUAUAUCAGGCACUACGCUCGAGCUCGAUGCCUCUGAUGGUGCUCCCUUUUUCACUAAUACCGUUCUUCCUGAUGGUGGCAUGGUGAACGCCUUCCAAGUGAAGGCUCCAGUCGGUGGCAGCCAUUUCAAAAUAAGCGAUGCAAAGACAGGCAACUUCUUUGUGGGAGUUGGUAGCUCCGCCUCGGACUACGACGGUAAACCUACGGCUACUUUCAUGCCUGAGCCCAACGCUUCUUACCAGAUCAAGCCCACGAACCAGUACUACCUUACCUUUGGCUCCUACACCCCUGGUCAACUUGUCGACGUCACCAUGAUGGCUUCCGACACUGUCCUGCUCGACUUCUCUUAUGACAACGCCCCCUCUACAUUCUACGUUGUCAACAAUGACUCUAACCAGCUUCUCGUGCAAUCCGAGCCUUUCUAG